GAUGGCUGUCAUCAAUGAAGUCAUAUUCAUAAUCUAGUCCUCUCUUCCUCCGUUUCUGUACUCUGGGUGACUCAGAGAGGGAAGAGCUUCAGCCAGCACACUCCUCGCGAGCAAGUAUCAUUGUACUGACUGGCAGAGACAGGAGAAGUAGAUGUCCACACCCACUGACCCUGGUGCGAUGCCCCACCCAGGGCCUUCGCCAGGGCCCGGACCCUCUCCUGGACCGAUUCUCGGACCUAGUCCGGGACCUGGACCAUCUCCAGGUUCCGUCCACAGUAUGAUGGGGCCAAGUCCUGGACCUCCAAGUGUCUCACACCCUAUGCCGACGAUGGGGUCUGCCGACUUCCCCCAGGAAGGCAUGCAUCAGAUGCACAAGCCCAUGGAUGGCAUGCACGACAAGGGCAUUGUAGAAGACAUCCACUGCGGGUCCAUGAAGGGCACCGGCAUGCGACCACCUCACCCCGGGAUGGGCCCGCCCCAGAGUCCGAUGGAUCAACACAGCCAAGGUUAUAUGUCACCACACCCAUCUCCCCUGGGAGCUGCAGAGCAUAUCUCCAGCCCUAUGUCGUCGGGAGGCGGCCCUACCCCACCCCAGAUGCCACCGAACCAGCCAGGGCCCCUCAUCCCUGGCGAUCCGCAGGCGAUGAACCAGCCCAACAGAGGUCCCUCGCCUUUCAGUCCUGUCCAGCUGCAUCAGCUGCGGGCUCAGAUUUUAGCUUACAAAAUGCUGGCCCGGGGCCAGCACCUUCCCGAAACGCUGCAGCUCGCAGUCCAGGGGAAAAGGACGUUGCCUGGCAUGCAGCAGCAGCAGCAGCCACCGCCGCCGCAGCAGCCGCCGCCCCAGCCGCAGCAGCCGCAGCAGCAGGCCCUUGUUAACUUCAACAGACCAUCUGGCCCCGGGCCGGAGUUGAGCGGCCCGAGCACCCCGCAGAAGCUGCCAGUGCCCGCACCCAGCGGCCGGCCCUCGCCCGCGCCCCCCGCAGCAGCGCAGCCGCCCACGGCCGCAGUGCCCGGGCCCUCGGUGCCGCAGCCCGCGCCCGGGCAGCCCUCGCCCAUCCUGCAGCUGCAGCAGAAGCAGAGCCGGAUCAGCCCCAUUCAGAAACCGCAAGGCUUGGACCCCGUGGAGAUUCUGCAGGAGCGGGAAUAUAGGCUUCAGGCUCGCAUAGCUCACAGGAUACAAGAACUGGAAAACCUGCCGGGGUCUUUGCCACCAGAUUUACGAACCAAAGCAACCGUGGAACUGAAAGCACUUCGGUUACUCAAUUUCCAACGUCAGCUGAGGCAGGAGGUGGUGGCCUGCAUGCGGCGGGACACGACCCUGGAGACGGCUCUCAACUCCAAAGCGUACAAGCGGAGCAAGCGCCAGACCCUGAGGGAAGCCCGCAUGACGGAGAAGCUGGAGAAGCAGCAGAAGAUCGAGCAGGAGAGGAAGCGCCGGCAGAAGCACCAGGAAUACCUGAACAGCAUUUUGCAACAUGCGAAAGAUUUCAAAGAGUACCAUCGUUCUGUGGCCGGGAAGAUCCAGAAGCUUUCCAAAGCGGUGGCCACGUGGCACGCCAACACCGAGAGGGAGCAGAAGAAAGAGACGGAGCGGAUCGAAAAGGAGAGGAUGCGCAGACUGAUGGCUGAAGAUGAAGAGGGCUACAGAAAACUGAUUGAUCAAAAGAAAGACAGGCGUUUAGCUUACCUUUUACAGCAGACCGAUGAGUAUGUGGCCAACCUCACCAACCUGGUCUGGGAGCACAAGCAAGCCCAGGCGGCCAAGGAGAAGAAGAAGAGGAGGAGGAGGAAGAAGAAGGCCGAAGAGAACGCAGAGGGAGGAGAGUCUGCCCUGGGACCAGAUGGAGAGCCGAUAGAUGAGAGCAGUCAGAUGAGUGACCUUCCUGUCAAAGUAACUCACACAGAAACCGGCAAGGUCCUGUUUGGACCGGAAGCACCCAAAGCAAGUCAGCUGGACGCCUGGUUGGAAAUGAAUCCUGGUUACGAAGUCGCCCCCAGGUCCGACAGCGAAGAAAGUGAUUCUGAUUAUGAGGAGGAGGAUGAGGAAGAAGAGUCCAGUCGGCAGGAAAACGAAGAGAAAAUAAUUCUGGAUCCAAACAGUGAAGAAGUUUCCGAGAAGGAUGCGAAGCAGAUCAUUGAGACAGCCAAGCAAGACGUGGAUGACGAGUACAGCAUGCAGUGCAGUGCCAGGGGCUCCCAGUCCUACUACACAGUGGCCCACGCCAUCUCCGAGAGGGUGGAGAAGCAGUCUGCCCUCCUCAUCAACGGGACCCUGAAGCACUACCAGCUCCAGGGCCUGGAAUGGAUGGUCUCCCUGUAUAAUAACAAUUUGAACGGAAUCUUAGCUGACGAAAUGGGGCUGGGAAAGACCAUACAGACCAUUGCACUCAUCACUUACCUGAUGGAGCACAAAAGACUCAAUGGCCCCUAUCUCAUCAUCGUGCCCCUUUCGACUCUGUCUAACUGGACAUAUGAAUUUGACAAAUGGGCUCCUUCUGUGGUGAAAAUUUCUUACAAGGGCACCCCUGCCAUGCGUCGCUCCCUUGUCCCCCAGCUACGGAGUGGCAAAUUCAACGUCCUCUUGACAACUUACGAGUACAUUAUAAAAGACAAGCACAUUCUUGCAAAGAUCCGGUGGAAGUACAUGAUCGUGGACGAGGGCCACCGGAUGAAGAACCACCACUGCAAGCUGACUCAGGUCCUGAACACGCACUACGUGGCCCCCAGGAGGAUCCUGCUGACCGGGACCCCCCUGCAGAACAAGCUCCCGGAGCUCUGGGCGCUCCUCAACUUCCUCCUCCCCACCAUUUUCAAGAGCUGCAGCACCUUCGAACAGUGGUUCAAUGCUCCGUUUGCCAUGACUGGAGAAAGGGUGGACUUGAAUGAAGAAGAAACUAUAUUGAUCAUCCGGCGUCUACAUAAGGUCUUGCGACCAUUUUUACUGCGGAGACUGAAGAAGGAAGUGGAAUCCCAGCUUCCAGAAAAGGUAUGUUGCAAAAUGCACGUUAUGGUUUCUUCCCCUGCCGAUAUGGUUGACUUACCCGCACCUGGAAUUGUGUUUCCAAAACAGCAGGUUUGCCUUUCGGAAAUCUCUGAAUCCUUUGCUGAACACCUGGGCUACUCAAAUGGGGUCAUCAAUGGGGCUGAGCUGUAUCGGGCCUCAGGAAAGUUUGAGCUACUUGAUCGUAUUCUGCCAAAAUUGAGAGCGACUAACCACCGCGUGCUGCUUUUCUGCCAGAUGACGUCUCUCAUGACCAUCAUGGAGGAUUACUUUGCUUUUCGGAACUUCCUUUACCUGCGCCUUGAUGGCACCACCAAGUCUGAAGAUCGUGCUGCUUUGCUGAAGAAAUUCAACGAACCUGGGUCCCAGUAUUUCAUUUUCUUGCUGAGCACAAGAGCGGGAGGCCUGGGCUUAAACCUCCAGGCCGCCGACACUGUGGUCAUCUUUGACAGCGACUGGAAUCCUCAUCAGGACCUGCAAGCCCAGGACCGAGCCCACCGCAUCGGCCAGCAGAACGAGGUGCGGGUGCUGAGACUCUGCACCGUGAACAGCGUGGAGGAAAAGAUCCUGGCUGCCGCCAAGUACAAGCUCAACGUGGAUCAGAAGGUGAUCCAGGCGGGCAUGUUCGACCAGAAGUCUUCAAGCCACGAGCGCAGGGCGUUCCUGCAGGCCAUCUUGGAGCAUGAGGAGGAGAAUGAGGAAGAAGAUGAAGUACCGGACGAUGAGACUCUGAACCAAAUGAUCGCUCGACGAGAAGAAGAAUUUGAUCUUUUUAUGCGCAUGGACAUGGACCGGCGGAGGGAGGACGCCCGGAACCCGAAGCGCAAGCCGCGCCUCAUGGAGGAAGAUGAGCUGCCCUCCUGGAUUAUUAAAGACGACGCCGAGGUGGAGAGGCUGACGUGUGAGGAAGAGGAGGAGAAGAUAUUUGGCAGGGGGUCUCGCCAGCGCCGGGACGUGGACUACAGCGAUGCCCUCACCGAGAAGCAGUGGCUGCGGGCCAUUGAAGACGGCAAUUUGGAAGAAAUGGAAGAGGAAGUACGGCUUAAGAAACGAAAAAGACGAAGAAAUGUGGAUAAAGAUCCCGCAAAAGAAGAUGUGGAAAAAGCUAAGAAGAGACGAGGUCGCCCUCCCGCAGAGAAAUUGUCACCAAACCCCCCCAAACUGACAAAGCAGAUGAAUGCCAUCAUCGAUACUGUGAUCAACUACAAAGACAGGUGUAACGUGGAGAAGGUGCCCAGUAAUUCUCAGUUGGAAAUAGAAGGAAACAGUUCAGGGCGACAGCUCAGUGAAGUCUUCAUUCAGUUACCUUCAAGGAAAGAAUUACCAGAAUACUAUGAAUUAAUUAGGAAGCCGGUGGAUUUCAAAAAAAUCAAGGAAAGGAUUCGUAAUCAUAAGUACCGGAGCCUGGGCGACCUGGAGAAAGAUGUCAUGCUCCUCUGCCACAACGCUCAGACCUUCAACCUGGAGGGGUCCCAGAUCUACGAAGACUCCAUCGUCUUACAGUCGGUGUUUAAGAGCGCUCGGCAGAAAAUUGCCAAAGAGGAGGAGAGCGAGGACGAAAGCAAUGAAGAGGAGGAGGAAGAAGAUGAAGAGGAGUCGGAGUCGGAAGCAAAGUCUGUUAAGGUGAAAAUCAAGCUCAAUAAAAAAGAGGAGAAAGGUCGGGACAAGGGAAAAGGCAAGAAAAGACCAAAUCGAGGGAAAGCCAAACCUGUGGUGAGCGACUUCGACAGCGACGAAGAGCAGGAUGAGAACGAACAGUCAGAAGCAAGCGGGACUGAUGACGAGUGAUGGAUACGGACCUUGUUCCAACUGAAUUCCUUCCUCCCCUCUCUCACUUCUACCCAGUGAGUUCAUUUGUGGUAUGGGCCCUGGGCUGUUUCUAUAUCAUCAUCAUCACCUAUACACUAGCUUUAGGAUAGUGCCAGACAAACAUAUGCUAUCAUGGUGUAAAAAAACACGCACACAAACAUUUGUAACAUAUUGUGACCAAACGGGCCUCAAAGAUUCAAAGAUUAAAACAAACAAAGUAAAGCUUUUGAUGGAAAAUAUGUGGGUGGACAGUAUAUUUCUAUGGGUGGGUGUAAUUUGGUAAUGGUUUGGUUGGGCCUGGUUUUAUCACCUGCUCCGAUGAGAAGAUUUUUGUCUUUUUGUAGCACUGAUAACCAGGAGAAGCCAUUCAAAGUCACUGGUUAUUUUAUUUUUCAUCAGGCAAUUUUCAAGAUUUUUAUUUGUUUGGUAUUGUGUUUUUUUUUUACACUGUGGUACAUAUAAGCAACUUUAAUAGGUGAUUAAUGUACAGUAGUUAGACUUCACCUGCAUAGACGUUUUUCCAUUUUAUGCUAUAUGACCUGAAAAUAAAACUGCUUUUUGAAUUGUAUAAGAUUUAUGUCUACUGUAAACAUUGCUUCUUUUUUUUUUUUUGCUCUUGAUUUAAAAACAGGUUCUGUUGAAAAUGCUAUUGAAUAUUGCAAUCUAUAUAGUGCAUUGGAUGGCUUUCUUUUUGUCACCCUGAUCUCCUAUGUUACCAAUGUGUAUCGUCUCCUUUCUCCCUAAAGUGUACUUAAUCUUUGCUUUCUUUGCACAAUGUCUUUGGUUGCAAGUCAUAAGCCUGAGGCAAAUAAAAUUCCAGUAAUUUCCAAGAAUGUGGUGGUGGUGCUUUCCUAAUAAAGAGACAGUUUAGCUCAA